ACGCCCUCUUUUGCUUUUGCGCAUGACAAACAGAUGGAUGUGCGUUGCGAGUAAGCAGCAGUCUUUUUUCGCAAUAUUUGCAACGAAUGAAGCGCGAUGACCUGCCUAGCCUUCGGUUUCGUCAUCUGCAUUUUCGUGACGGCGAGUUUCGUAGAUACGCAUCCGCAGAGAUACGAAGAUUAUAAGAAUGCAUUUGAGGAACAGGAUGAAAAUGUUGUGCAACAGUUAAUGCAUUUGUUGCACAGUUACAAGAACAAGGAGAAUCGUAGAAAUAUUGAGAAUAGUCUUGAGAAUUGGACCGGACGUUGGAUGCCUGAGAGACCGGAUGAUUCAACACCGCCAUCUAAAAUAUUGCCAAAGAAACGAUUAUAUGAAUAUGAAUCUAUCACAGAGUAUCCUCAUAACAUGUAUAUGGGUCAUGUGUCACCACAAUGUGAUGAUGCUAAGACUAAUUUAACUGUUGAUUGGGAUCAUACACCAGUGGAAUAUACAUGCUAUGGCAAUACAAUCGCACCAAGUAUAAUUACACCGAAAAUCUACUGUGAGAACAUUCCAAAAAUGUACAAGGCUACUCACAAAUGUAUGAAUCAAAAAAUCGAAUAUGAUGUCGACAUUCCUGUUUACGGUCCACAUAGACCUUUGUGGCCAGUUUAUGGAGAAUACGAAUAUUUGCCAAAACAGAGAUGGUUGCAUAGUCUUGAGCAUGGAGCGAUCGUCAUGUUAUAUCAUCCAUGCGCGAAUCCGUUGGAAGUAGAACGUCUGAGAAAUCUGGUUAACAAGUGUCUCUGGCGACAUGUUAUCACACCAUACAGUUAUCUGGACGAGGAACGUCCCUUGGCACUUCUAUCCUGGGGCUGCAGAUUGACUAUGUCUUAUGCAAAUCCAAAAUUGGUAAAUCGUUUUAUACGGAAAAAGGCUCUUCGCGGUCCGGAAUGGCAAAUCGCGGACGAUGGUCAAUUUGAGGACGGAUUGCUCACUCGAUCGAGCAUAGUGACAGAUCCAAUGGAUUCUGUGCUCUGUCCUAAUAUGUAAUAAAAGAAUGUGCUAUAUGUAACAUAAUGCAUAAUCCGCGUGAUAUCUCUUGCAUUUCCAAGCUUGCAAUUGACGCGCAAUUUCUGUUUAUAUUGUAUAUAUUGUUUUAUUGAAAACUCAAAUCGUCGUUGUCUCGCUUGCUUUCUAUUAAGUGUGAUAUUUCGUUAGAUAUAAAAUUUAUUUAUUUUUUAAUAUUUUGACUACUUAGUUAAGUGGAACUUUCCUACGUAGAAAUAUAUUACGAUUAUAUCUUCGAGAAAAUAUAUCGAAUAAUAAUAUAUAAUAAAUCACAUAUAUAUGUAUAUAAAGAUAGAUGAAUUCCGGUGUCCUACUUUUUAUUAUUGCACAAUUUCUGUUUUUAUGCGCUUUGCAUAGAGAGGAAGUUUUGAGGCGAGGGUUCAAAAAAUUGAUAACCGCGCCUUUUUUUCUUUUAUUCCCCAUAUAUUCAUAUAUUCUUCAUCCUUCGAGAAGAUCAUUAAAUACAUUGAACAUCGUGUCGGUUUUUCGAAUUCUCCUUGCGGACCGCUUAUCUACAGAUGUAUAGUAGUAACUUCACUGCAGUGCUGAUUAUAAUCUUUAUUCUUGCGGAUUACUUAUCUCCAAUGAUAUAUAAAAUUAGGGAUUAAGACAAGUGACACGCUACUGUUGUUAUCGAUAAUGCAAAAUAUGCUACUCGACUACUCAAUUGUUAUAACGUAAAAGAAUAUAAUUGUACAGUGAA